UGGUUGCAAAUCACUCAUGAAGUUAGCCAACUUAUUUAUAACUUGAUCUUGUUUCCUUGGAGAUAUACUAACAUGUAUUGUAUGGUCCGAUUUGUUUUUCGUGUAUAUCAAAACCAGAGUGCAUAGGGACAUGGUAUUCGUACAAUGGUUUUGUACUUUGGUUUACUUUUCUUUUAAACACACUUUCGGAUGCUAUAUUUAGAAACACACACGCUCUCUCUCUCCAACCGGCCGUAUUUUUGCCAACCUCGGCGCUUCCCACGCUUUCUCUCCACUCUAUUUGGUUAAUAACAGUCGCUUUAUCUUUUGUUCGAUUAUUCUAAGUUAAUAUUUUUCUUUGAAAUCCCAUCCACAAAAAAGCCCUCUUCUCUUCUUCCAUUUAUAUUGUGUGGAAGAAAACUAAGGGAAUGUUGAUGAUGGUGGUGAAUAUGACAUUAUUGAGCCUUCACCGACUCUAUCCUUGCUCUUCGUAUCCGUUUUUAGAGAUUUCAAAGUCAACUUUAUUGCCUUUUCUUUGACUUUUUUUGGUUUAUAGGUUUUGCUUGCUUGCAUGCGUGCUGUUUUUUUUUUUUUUUUGUACAUAAAGGUUUGUUUUUUCGAAAUUUUGCUAGUUUUUGAAUUCUGGGUCAUUCUUAUUUUAUUGGGCUUUGUUUAGAUAAUGGUGGGAAUUGUGUUGUUUUCUUAGGGUUUACCUUUUGUUUUUGUUCGCAGUUUUGUUUCGUUCGGAUACGGGAAAUAAACAUAUAUACAGUCGAUGAUGGGAAAUUUAGUUUUUGAACCAAUGUAAGGGUCAAUUCGUAGACCAUAAGAACAAAGAAUUUUUAUUCUCAAUUCUGAUUGGUAGGCAAUCUAUUUACAAAUAGUGAAUUUUUUUGGUUAUAAGGUCAAUAUUGGAGGGAACUUGAAUAGGAUUUUGGGUUGGUGAAACUGGGUUUCUACUUGAUCAAAGCUUUUCGUUGCUAUCUUUGAUCAGUAAUUUGAUCUUAGGAGGGGUUUGUUAUGCACAUUUAAUUUGUAAUUGCAUAAGAAUUUUGAAACUUUUCCCUUUUUGAUCUUCAAAUCGUGAUCAGUUCAUGCGAAUUCGAAGGCAAUGAGUGUGAUGAUGAAAAAUUGAAGGUUUUUUGUUUUACUUUUCUAGGAUUGUCGUCUAGAAUUUAAGGUUGUCUCUGGGAUUCACGACUUGUCUUGUAUUUGGUUCUUUAUAAUGGAUUCAAAAACAAGCGGUGAGGCUGGUGAUGUCAUGCCAGAGAAGAAACCGGAUAGCCAGGAAGGUGGUGCCAAUUCAAAGGUGAAAGGUAUAGGAGGUGUGAGUAGCAAAGAUAUGUAUUUUCGAGCUGAUAAAAUCGAUCUUAAAAGCUUGGAUGCACAGCUUGAGAAGCACCUGAGCAGGGUUUGGUCAAGGAACACCGAAAUCCAAAGGCCUAAAGAAGAGUGGGAAAUUGAUUCGUCUAAAUUAGAAAUAAGGCACGAGGUAGCCCGUGGUACUUUUGGGACCGUGUAUCGUGGCACUUAUGAUAAUCAAGAUGUUGCAGUGAAAAUGUUGGACUGGGGGGAGGAUGGUAUUGCCACAACUGCUGAAACCACUGCUGUGCGGGCAUCAUUUCAGCAAGAGGUUGCUGUCUGGCACAAGCUUGACCAUCCUAAUGUUACAAAAUUUGUUGGAGCAUCAAUGGGAACUUCAAACCUGAAAAUUCCUGCCAAAAACCCAUCUGAUGGUUACAUCUCCCUUCCUGCUAGGGCAUGCUGUGUUGUUGUUGAGUAUCUCCCUGGUGGGACGCUUAAACACUACUUGAUAAGAAAUAGUCGAAAAAAACUUGCUUUUAAGGUUGUGAUCCAACUUGCUUUGGAUCUCUCAAGGGGUCUUAGCUAUCUACAUUCAAAGAAGAUUGUACAUCGUGAUGUCAAGACUGAAAACAUGUUACUAGAUUCUCAUAGAAAUCUCAAAAUUGCUGAUUUUGGUGUUGCCCGUGUUGAAGCUCAGAAUCCAUGUGACAUGACUGGUGAAACUGGCACACUUGGAUACAUGGCCCCAGAGGUUCUUGAUGGCAAACCGUAUAACAGAAGAUGUGAUGUCUACAGCUUUGGCAUCUGCUUAUGGGAAAUAUAUUGUUGUGACAUGCCUUACCCUAAUCUUAGCUUCGCUGAUGUCCCCUCUGCUGUUGUUCGACAGAAUUUACGGCCAGAGAUUCCAAGAUGUUGUCCAAGUUCUUUAGCAAAUGUCAUGCGAAAAUGCUGGGAUGGAAAUGCAGAAAAACGUCCUGAAAUGGCUGAGGUGGUGAAAAUGUUAGAAGCGGUUGAUACAAGCAAGGGAGGGGGGAUGAUACCUGAAGACCAGGCAUCUGUCUGUUUCUGUUUGACCCCUGCUCGCGGACCCUAAGUUGUGUUCUUCACCUUCCUCCUCGUUGUCUCUCCCCCUUUCAUUUUGUAAUGAGUCGGAGUUGCGACAUCCAGCUCUUAGUUCGAUUGGUUAUGAUCUUUUGCUUCACAAGAUGAAAAACAUUCUACUCAUUAUUCUGCAAGAAUGGGGAAAUAAGGUGGUUUUUUAAUUGUUUUGAAGUUGUAAUCUUUUGCUUAUUACAAGCUACCGGGCUUGUUGCACAUGAUGUGUUUACACUGGAAGGGCUUUGCAAUUCAUGCGUGAUAGCUCUUGCAUUUUAGGAAAGCAGUUUUGGUAGAUUGGUUGGAUCGGGACGUGUGAAUAACCGGUUAGUGGCAUGGAACUGCAGCCUUUUGAGGAUGUAAGCCUGUAAACAUUUUUUGC